AUGUUAGUAUUUGCUAAAGGUAUCAAAUCCAUAAACCACAUAGUCGAAAGUAUGUCGCACCAAUUCUAUGAUAGAUAUCAGAUGCCUAGUAUUGGUUUUAAAUUUACAAUCAAAAUAUCGGUUUCAUCCUCGUGUUUGAUCUUGCUGAUGGCUCUCUUAGCCAAGUAUAGUUUAUUUUCAGAUUUCCAAUACAAUUACUCUCACCAAUGCGUAAAAUCUCUAGAGUACAGCUAUAGUACUAAACUUGAAGUUUUCCAAUCAUGUUCCAUUUUCUCUCGUCCAAAUGCAUUCAUGAAUAAAAUAUUAACACAUACGUUUUCGCCAUCUUGCUUCUAUUUGUCUCCUUCUUUCUUCUAG